UCUAAAACUGAAACCUAAAUCAAGAAACAAGAAAAUGAGUGGUUCAAGGUUCAUAAAGUGUGUUACUGUUGGUGAUGGUGCUGUUGGAAAGACUUGCAUGCUUAUCUCUUACACCAGCAAUACUUUCCCUACUGAUUACGUUCCAACUGUAUUUGACAAUUUCAGUGCAAAUGUGGUUGUGGAUGGGAACAUGGUUAACCUAGGGCUCUGGGAUACUGCUGGCCAGGAAGAUUACAACAGGUUAAGACCUCUGAGCUAUCGUGGGGCAGAUGUAUUUCUGCUUGCAUUCUCUCUCAUUAGCAAGGCCAGUUAUGAAAAUGUCGCGAAAAAGUGGAUUCCUGAAUUGAGGCAUUAUGCACCUGGAGUACCGAUAAUUCUUGUUGGAACUAAACUCGAUCUCCGAGAUGAUAAACAAUUCUUUGUAGACCACCCUGGUGCAGUGUCCAUUACGACAGCUCAGGGCGAAGAACUGAGAAAGCUAAUUGGGGCUCCAUCUUACAUUGAAUGCAGUUCAAAAACUCAGCAGAAUGUCAAAGCUGUUUUCGAUGCAGCCAUUAAAGUGGUUCUCCAGCCACCAAAGCAGAAGAAGAAAAAGAAAAGAAGGGGACAGAAGUCCUGCUCCGUAUUGUAGUCGACAAAGGAAGUUACAAGUUACGAGGGGAAAACAUGAAGAAUUAGUCACUGAUUGGAGCAGUCUUCACCAUUUCUCUUAGCUUGAAGAAGCAAACAGGACGCAGUUUGUAGUAUCAACUGACAGAAUUAGGAAGCACAUUAUAAGCAUCACGAGUCGUGAAUUCGAGCUCACAUACUCAGUUGCUUUUCUGUAUGUAUAUGAAUGAUUGUUUUUUGUUGACAUGGGAACAUCUUUCUAUGUAUCCACUAGAUUGAGCAAAAUAUAUUCUAUCAGGAACAUAACCAAAAUGUUCUUCCUCGUACUAUCAAUUAUAUACAGCAUGUAACAUUAUUUAGUGCUUAAAAAUUAUAAAUAUAAUUGUUGUUUUCGAUUAAA